CCUAGCUGACAACAAAAUGCCUAAAACUAGCAAGCACGUAUACAUAUAGGCGGCCACUUGUUUGCCACGAUAAGCUCAUCGAUGGCGUUGAGCACCGCUUGCAACAUCAAGGCUACCUGCGCAUCUGAGAUGGUUACUUUUGCCGUCGUCUCAUAGUAGGACAGCUCUAUGGGCUUCGGCAAAAUUUUCAGCGCUUGUCUUCCAGUCGUUGAGCGAGAAGCUGGGGACAGCGAAGGGACUUACAAGCAUGGGGCGCUUGAAAACAUUGAUAUAGGCUUUAUCAUACGGCAGCUAAAGAAAGCUGAUUCGCAACUUCUGGCCUACCUGACAGUCCCCGACUACGCUUUUAAGGGAAUAAGCUCCGGCGAAGCGUUCAGCGUCGCGUUCGCGUCUGAUUCCCUACUACUACACUUUGGCUGCAGCAGUUGGAAGGGAUACAAGUUACGCCUUGAGGAAUGGCUUGCGACCGAUUCAGAACUCGCAGAGCAGGUUUCCAAGCUCUUCAGGUGUGCCGCCUGUCACAGCCCGGCCAUGCUUGUCUACCCGCUGGAAGGCUCCGUGCGACUGCGGGACGGGGUUUACAGCGUGACGCUUACGAUCACCACCUGCCUGCUAACGGACAGCUCGGGGCAGCUAGCGGGCGCGGAGCAGGGCGGCUGCGGCGGCCCUGACACCGGAGUGCUGCAGCCCCCGACCCCGCCAUUGCCCCUGCUGUCACUGCCCCGCCCCGGACAGCCCACACCCGCGCUCGCCGUGUCGCACCAGCUGCGGCGGCAGGAAGAGCCUCACGGCGGCCGGCUGCCUGGCCUCUUGGGGCUGCAGCUGGGGCCGGGGGGUCCGCAGGAGGAGGUGGCACUCAGUCUCAUACCCAUCAUCGUCACGGCGCUGCUGCUGGACGGGCGUGUGGUGUACCAGAACCCCAGCAGCCGGCGCUACCUGGGCCCCCUGGUGGGCAGGUACUCGCCGCCGCCGGGGGCCAGUCUGGCGGCACUGGGGGGCGGGGCGGCAGCUGGGGGAGGGGGGCAGCAGCAGCCACACCCGCUGCGGGAGCUGUUUCGCUUCGAUGAGGCAGCGCUGCGGGCGUUUGAGGAGGCGGUGGCGGGGGGAAUGGAAUUCCGCCAGGUGCUCAAGGUACCCAAGCGCCUCACCGCUUCCACCCACACCGGCGCCGCCGCCACCGCCGCCGCCAGCCCCCGCGAUGGCCCCGACGGCCCCAUUCAGACGUGCGACAGUCUGUCCCCCUCCGCCCCCACACGGCGCCCGCGGCCCGCCACCGCCCGCCUGCAGCAGGCUGAGUAUGCGGACCGUACGGCACCAGCGGCGGCAGCGGCUGUCGUACGGGAGGGAGGCCUCGAGGUUUUAGAUGCGGGGCUGUUUGGCGGGCGAGCGGGCAGCAGCCGGGAGGGCCCUAUGUCGCCUGCGGUGGCUGUAUCCGUGGGCAGCAUGCGACUGGAGAGGCGGGGAGAGGACGGAGCGGCAGCAGCAGCAGGUGGUGGAGGUGGUGGUGGCAACGGGUUGGUCAGCAAGGGACUGAUAGCUUCAUCGGCUGCAGGUGACACGAGCAGUGGCUUCAUGCACUUGAAGGCGGCUCCCUCCCUGGUUGCGGCUCCCACUCUGAUGCCCGCGCCCUCCCUGAUGGCGGCCAACGGGUCCGCGGUCCGGCGGCGCCUGCCCGUACGGCGCUGCACCUCCGUCGCCGCCAUCACAACCAGGUCCCCUGCUGGCGGCGGCGGCGGCGGAGGGAGCAGCGUCGCUAGCAACACAAACGACAACAACAGCAGCUACUGCCUCCCAUCGGCGGCCAGCUGCCAGAUUCACUGCCGCCUCCCCUCAGAGCUCGGUCCCAAGCCCCCGCAGCAGCUGCCGCUGCUACCGCCGCCGAGAUCACUGGGUCCUCCGCCGUGGUUGCUUGGGGCGGGCUUCGCUGCGGCUACCUCGCACCUCAGUCGCGGACUGCACGGCGCGGACAGCAUCGCUGUCGCCCAUGAUGCCACCGCAUCCGCAGCGCCUGAGAGGGGUCCACAGGACUGCGGAGGGGCGGGAGACAUGGUGUCCGCGUUCGCUGUGCUGCCGUUGCUGGAGGCCGAUGGCAGCAGCAGCGACAGUGAGGACGGCAGCGAGAGCGCCACGGAAUCGAGCUCGCAGACAGCUGCAGCUGCUGCCGGCGGCGGCUGCGGCACCUCUACUCCCCAUGAGGCCUCGCAGGGGCCCAACGCUGGACACCGGGCGCAGCAGGCAGCAGCAGCAGCGGCAGCCGAGGAGGCAGAGACGGCGGGGCGCGGUGCUGGCGGCUGCAGCAGCCCAGGCUGCGGAUUGGUGGGCUGCAGCAAGAGCGGCAGCCAUGGGUGCCGUGUGCGGCCCUCUGCGGCGUCUUUCACGGCCAACAAUAGGACCCCCUGUAAACCACUGCAGCAGCAGCAGGACCUCCAAGACACCCAACAAGGAGCGCAGCACCGCAACCCACCAGGCACCGCCACGCCUCCCCUCUCCCCGCUGCCCUCCCUCCACGCCAGGAGUGCCUUGCUGCGCCUCAAGCUCGUUGCACGGUCCUUCACGGAGGGAGCCUCCUCAGCCACCCGCCGGCGGGCAGGAGCCGCCCCCGUCAGCCCCUCCUCCCCCUCCCCCUCUUCCCCCUCGGCUGCCGCUCCCGGGGAGUCCUGGCGGAGCGGGUUGGCCUGCCGCCAGCGCUCCCUCACCGCGCUGCCGCUGGUGGAGUCGGCGCUGUCGCACCUGCGCCGACUGCUGCCUCGCAGCUCGGGCGGCGGAGGCGGUGCAGCAGCACAUGCUCGUCCUCCGCCUGGCGUCGCCCAGGGUGCUGCUGAGGUGGAGGCAGGCGGUGCUGCUCUGCGGGACGGGGGCGGCGAGUGGGAGAGUGCGGCUGGGGAUGAAGGGGUGGGGUCGGCGACGACGACAGAAGGCGGCUUGCAGGUCAGUCUGGCAGGUGGCGGAGGGGAGUGGGCAGCAUGGCAUGUGCGGAGUGAAGCGCCGGGAGCUGCGGACAAGUGUAUAGUUGACUCCACCAUUGCGUCAUGGCUGACGGCGCCUCAGGCGGUGGCUGUAGCGGCCGCAAAUGUUACCCAUGAGGUCUGCCAGUUAGCGGUAGCCGGUGUACCAUCCUCCUCGACAGCAGCAUGUGGUGGCGGAGGCAGCUGCUGUCGUACCGGUGCUGCCGCCGCCGCCAGCCCGCCGGUGCUGUCUUCCAUCCUGGAGGAGUCAGUGGACGCUCCGCUGGGCGGCCGUGAGGAGCAGCAGCCGGUCAGGAUAUCGCAGCUGGCGUCAGCGCUGCCGCUGCAGCCCUUCCCGCCGCAACCCGAAACGCCGCCGCCGACGCUGCCACUGCCGCUUCCGGAGGUCCCAGGCGGGCACCGGGGCGGCGGCGGCGGCGGCGGCUCCAUGCGGAGAGCAGCUGCUGGUAAUCAGGACACGUGUGAUGGAGCGGCGGCGGUGGUGGGUGGUGACGCUGGAGGAGCGCUGCAGGAUGUGGGGAGGUGCGACGGAACGUUGUCAUGGGAUGGCUCAGCGAUCGGAGGCCUGCUGUGUGCGUAUGGUCGUGAGGUCCAAGGGGAUCCUCAUCAUCAGCAGGUGCUGCAUCGGGAGGAGGAGCAGCGGCAGCAGCAGCAGGAGGAGGAGCAGCAACAGAGCCGGGCUAGGGAGGAGCCCGGAACGCUGGGAGUUCUGGAAACGUGUCGGCUGCUGCCGUCGCCGUUCGCCCUGGGCAACCUCGACAGUGACAGUGACACUUACGCCCCCGCCGGCUUGUCGUGUCGCGCGCUGCUGCCGCUGCUGACUACCCCCGUUGCAGCAUCUGCGGACCCCCCAGCUGCAACGACGCCAGGCAGUCCUCUGCAGCGCACGUCCGCACGCCUCAGCAGCGCUCCGGACGUUUCGGCGGACGCCAGCCGCCCUCCCGAACAACCCCCUCAGCGACCCCACUCAGACUUCGUCUCCGCCUCCGCCGCCGCCGCCACCGGUAACCGCGACGGCACCCUCAGCGGCAGCGAAACACACAGGACCGAGGGCGCCGGCGCCGAGACGGAGCUCAUGUCUACGGUUGACGUGGAGGCUUACCUGAUGUCCCCGCCGCCGCUGCAAGCGGGGCCCGCCGGCUUCUCCGCAACCGCUCGGAGCCCUCACAUGUCCGAGCGCCCGCUGCUGCUGCCCUGCGGCCCCGGCAAAGCAGCCCCCAUGCAACCACCCGCCUGGGCGCCGCGGCUCAUCAGCUGCGACAGCGGCAGCGGCGAGGGCUUUGCGGAUGAUGAUGAUGAGGUGCCGCGAGCCGCCGCCGGGUCCGGUGCUGGUGGGGAGGAGGACUUCCCACCCAGCCUGCCUACCGCCGCCACCUGUCUCGUACCGGGUCAGCACAACAACAACAACAACAACAACAACAACAACAACAACAACAGCUGCUGCCAGCAGGGGCAGACCGGGGCACUGCUGCCCUCCUCUGCGCGGCGUUGGAAGGAGCCCAUGCGCCGGCUGACCACCCGCGACCGGUUGAUGAGGCUUGCGGCCUCGCUGUCGGCUCGGGAGGCGGGCAGUGGUGGAGGCGGGGCGGAGGAGGAGCACGAGUGGCACGAUGUGUUUGCGUGUGUACGGCAGGAUGAGAUCAGCGGGCGUUCAGUGGUGGUGGUGACGCAGACGGAUGUGACGGAGCAGGUGGAGACGCAGCGCAGGCUGGAGGCCCUGCUGGAGCACGAACACAAGGUCCUGGAGUCUAUUUUCCCCAGGCACGUGAUCGAGCACAUGAUGCUGCAGUCCAAGCACCGCAGUGCCGCAGCAGCAGCCGCGGGG